GCGCAGAGUCACAUGAUCGCUUCCCCUCCUUCCAACAUGGCGGCGCCCAGAACAUCCAUGCGGAGCCUUCACUUCCUGCAGAAUAAAGGCCUGAAAAGGAUUUUCUCAGGUAUUCAACCAACUGGAAUCCCUCACCUUGGAAACUACCUUGGCGCUAUCACAAACUGGGUGAAGUUGCAGGAUGAAUGCAGCUCUGUGUUAUACAGCAUUGUGGAUCUCCAUUCUCUCACCACACCAAGAGAGCCCGCUGUUCUACGCACAAGCAUCCAAGACAUUGCAGCCGUUCUCCUUGCUUGUGGCCUAAAUCCACAGAAAUGCAUCCUUUUCCAGCAAUCUCAGGUACCAGAACAUACACAACUUGCCUGGAUUCUGGGGUGUUUCACAAGUGUACCCCGUCUGCAACAUUUUCCUCACUGGAAGAUAAAGAAUGCCACCCAGAUGAAUGAAGGGACCGCUGGCCUCUUCACUUACCCUAUCCUUCAGGCUGCUGAUAUUCUUCUCUACAAGUCAACACAUGUUCCCGUUGGAGAAGAUCAAGUCCUUCAUUUGGAGCUGACCCAAGAUACAGCCCGCCGCUUCAACAAGAAAUACGGGGAUUUUUUUCCAGUGCCCAAGUCAAUUUUAACUACUAUAAAGAAGGUGAGGUCCCUCAGAGAUCCGUCAUCCAAGAUGUCUAAAUCAGACCCUCUGGCGUUAGCCACAGUAUGCGUAACAGACAGUCCUGAGGAGAUUCAUAAGAAAUUUCGUAAGGCUGUCACAGACUUUACUUCUGAAGUGACUUAUGACCCAGAAGGCCGCCCAGGUGUCUCCAAUCUCGUGGCCAUUCAUUCAGCCAUUACUGGGCUCAGCACAGAGGAAGUAGUACACCAAAGUGUUGGUCUUGACACUGCUCACUACAAGGCAGUGGUGGCAGAGGCAGUCACUGAAAAACUGGCUCCAAUCAGGAAUGAAUUUCAGAGACUAAAAGAAGACAGAGCGUAUUUGGAGAAGGUUUUAUGCACUGGAGCAGAAAAAGCCAAAGAACUUGCCAGCCCUGUGUACUGGGAAGUCAAAAGACUAGUGGGAUUGCAUUAAACUAGAGACAACAA